AUGUCAUCGAACUCAACAACUGACACUGUCGUCAUCUCUGGGAUGUCUGGUCGCUUCCCAAAAUCCCGAACAAUUAACGAAUUCAGACACAAUUUAUACAAUAAAAUAGACAUGACAUCACCAUGCAGUCAACAGUGGAAAGUCAUGGAUGAAUCAGUUCCAGACAGAUAUGGAAAGACUGUCGACAUUGACAAGUUUGAUUCUGAAUUCUUUCCAGCACCAUUGGAAUACAAGAACUUGAUGGAUCCUCAAAUGCGAAUGAUUCUUGAGCAUUCAUAUGAAGCUAUUCUAGAUGCUGGAAUAGCACCACCUUCUUUGCGUGGCACCAAUAUUGGAGUAUUUGUUGGGUGCUGUUUUGUAGAUGCACAUGGUGUUGGUGUGCUUGAUAAAGCUGGGAAGGAAUUAGCUGGAUCGUUAAGGACAUUAUCAGCCAACUGCAUCUCCUACCUUUUUGACUUUAAAGGCCCUUCAUUUGUGAUUGAUACAGCAUGCAGUAGUAGUGGAUAUGCAGCUGAUGUGGCACUUAAAUCUAUACAAAGUGGUGAAUGUGAUCAAGCAAUUGUGGCUGGACUUAAUCUGGUUCUAUUGCCAUCGUUAAGUGGCGGAUUCUUAAAAAUUGGUGUCCUGUCAAAAGACGGGUACAGUCGGACAUUCGAUGAAGAUGCAAAUGGUUACUGUCGGGCUGAAGCCAUUGUGGCCUUGUUUCUACAAAGAUCAAAAGAUGCAAAGCGAAUCUAUUCAAAAUUUAUUCACAGCAAAAAAAAUGUCGACGGUUAUAAAAGAGAAGGAUUAGCAUUUCCAUCGCGAGUCAUGCAAAUUAGAUUGCUUGAUGAAUUUUACAAAGAAAUAGGAAUUAACCCAAAUUUUGUUGAUUAUGUUGAGGCACACAGCACUGGAACUAAGGCUGGCGAUCCUGAAGAAUGUGCUGGGAUGGAUAAGGUUUUGUGCAGUAAUAGAACUAAAUCUUUGUUAAUUGGCUCAGUUAAGUCUAACAUGGGACAUUCGGAAGGAGCAUCAACAGCCUGUUCUAUUGUCAAAUCAGUUCUAGCAUUUGAGACUAAGAAACUUGCUUCAAAUUUGCAUUUAAAGAAAAUACGAUCAGGCAUUCCAGCAUUUGAGGAAGGAAGAAUCAACGUUGUGGAUGAGGUUCUUGACUUUAAUGGCUCAUUAAUCGGAAUAAACUCGUUUGGAGUCGGCGGUGCUAAUGUUCAUCUUCUACUUCAAGCACAUGAUAAAGAAAAAGUCCACGAUGGAAUUCCAGCUGAUGACUUGCCAAGGAUGGUCUUGUGGAGUGGAAGAACUGAAGAAGCCAUCAAUACAAUCUUUGAAAACCUGAAAAGUACACAACUUGAUGCUGAACACAUUGCUUUACUUCAAAAUACACAAGUUCAAACAGCAAGUCUUAAUACUUAUCGAGGAUAUGGAAUCUUUAACCAUAAUCACGAUGAUGGAACUACGAGCUGUUUAGGCAAAAGUGUAAUAAACAAUCUUGAAGCUAAAAGAUCUAUUGUUUGGGUUUAUACUGGAAUGGGAGCUCAAUGGACUCAAAUGCUGUCGGACUUGCAGAAAAUUCCACUUUUCAAUGCCUCAAUCAACAAGUGUCAUGAAGUUCUUCUCAAAAAAGACAUCAACUUAAUUGAAAUUUUAUCGUCAGCAGAUGAAAAAAUGCUCGAAAAUGUUGUGCAUGCGUAUGUAGGAAUUGCAGCAAUUCAAAUUGGAUUAACAGAUGUAUUGAGAGCAUUGGAUAUAAGUCCUGACUAUAUAAUUGGUCAUUCAGUUGGUGAAUUGGGUUGUGCAUAUGCAGAUGGAUGUAAUAGUGCUGAAGAAAUCAUUUUGGCUGCUUACUCACGUGGAAUGGCUACUUUAGAGACAAACAUCAUUAAUGGUGCAAUGGCAGCUGUUGGAUUGGAACAUGAAGAACUGAAAGAGAUGCUUAUUGAUGGCAUUGAAAUUGCUUGUCACAACAGUUCCAAUUCAUCAACAAUUUCUGGUCCAUAUGAGCUUGUUGCUGCAUUUAUUGAGCAAUUGAAGGAGAAGAAAAUUUUCGUAAAGGAAGUAAAUUCAUCAAAUAUUCCAUACCACAGCUCAUACAUCUCACAAAUGGGACCAAAACUUCUUGCACGUCUCAAUGAGAUCAUCAAAAAUCCCAAAGAACGUUCAUCGAAGUGGCUCAGUACAAGUAUUCCUAAAGAUUUGUUAGAUCAGGAACAGCAUAGCAACUUGUCAUCAGCUGAAUAUCACACAAAUAAUCUCUUGAAUCCAGUUCUGUUUCAAGAAGCACUUGACAUGUUACCCAAGGAUGCAUUGACUAUUGAAAUAGCUCCGAGUGGAUUAUUGCAAGCUAUUUUGAGACGAGCACUGCCUGAUGGCGUUCAUGUUAGCUUGACAAAAAAGAACGAGAAGGAAAAUUCGAUCAAUUUGAUGGCUUCGCUUGGAAAGAUCUUCCAAAAUGGCGUGGACAUGGAUAUUAGUAAGUUGUAUCCACUUGUUGAGUUUCCAGUUUCUAGAGGAACUCCAAUGAUAUCACCGCUCAUCAAAUGGGAUCACCGUCAUAGCUAUGAUGAAUUUCGGUAUGAAGAUGUUGAAGUGAAUGAGAUGAAGCUCGUUAUUAACCCUCGAGAUCCAAAUUUUGAGUACUUGACUGGACACAAGAUUGAGGGUGCAAUAGUUUUCCCAGCCAGUGGAUAUCUUCAAUUAGCAUACCGUAUAGCAGCAGCUCAUCAUAAGAAGAGAAUUGAAGACCUUGAUGUAGAGUAUGAAGAUGUUAAAUUCCUCAAUGCCUGCUUCCUGAGUGUAGAUAAGACAACGAUCCUUAACAUCACGUAUCAAAGUGGUGAUGGAAGGUUCGAAAUACGAGAAGGAAAGACAUUGAUGUGUACAGGCUUCAUUCGUUCAACAACUGCAAAUUUAGCUCCAUUUGAGAAACCAAACAACAGCUUAGUUCCAAACAUGUCAGGAGAAGAUUUGUAUAAGGAACUCCGCAUUCGUGGUUAUCAUUAUGAAAAAUCAUUUAAAUCUGUCGUUUCAGUAAAAGCUGAUGGGACUGAAGUGAACAUUAGGUACAAUCAUAAUCUAAUCCAAUUUAUGGAUGCUUUGGCUCAAGGUGUCGUCAUCCAAAAGGAUCUAAAAACUGUUGUUGUGCCUUCAAGUUGUCGACGAAUCAUUUUAAAACCAAAAGAAAUUGCAGAGUCAUUUAAGAGACUUUAUGACACAACAGGUGAGGUUGUAGCUACAGCUUACUAUAUCGAGCAUUUAGAUAUGGUCAGAUGUGAUGGAAUGGAGUUCAGAGGUAUGGGAUAUUUACCAAUUCCAAAACGAGUCCAGCCUGGAAAACUUGCAUUAGCUAAUUACAAAUUUAUUCCUCACAAUCCAACACCAAUUAUGUCACAACAUGAUGGAAUCAGCCUUUGUAUGCGAUUAUCAUUAGAAUCAAAUCACUCGAUCAGCAUAAAAAUUGUAGAAAUUGAUUCCGGAGAUGAAAAUCCAAUUUUGGAUGAGAACUUUUCAUCAAAUUUCGAUGUGGCUCCAGUCACAGGUGCUGAGUUGAUUUAUCUUACAGAUAGAGAGAUUGAGGAUAAACCGGCAGCUGUUGAGGUUAAAAAACUGAUUGAUUUUGAAAUGAUUAGUCAUGCUGACUUCAUAAUAAGAUCAAAUUGCAUAAAUGAUCGAGAAUUCUUGACAAAAGUGCAAGAAAAGUUGAAUGAUUGUUGCUUUUUAAUCUCUCGAGAAUUGAUGACCUUUGAAGUACCUUUUGAUAUGCCUGAAUCAUUCAAAUUUGUUGCCAACAUACAAUUAGAAGCUGAAAAUCUGCUCGUUUUUAAGUUCUUUAAAAACCCAGCAUCAAUUCCAACAAAAUCUAUCAAAAUCACAUCAAAUGACUUCUCAUGGCUUGAAAAAGUCAAAGAAAGUGUCAAAACGGAACCGACCAUUUUAUAUUCAGAAGGUGAAAAUGAGUCUGGAAUUUUGGGACUUGUCAACUGCAUCAGAAGAGAACCUGCUGGUAAGGAUGUCAAGUGUGUCUUCAUUGAUGAUCCAAAAGCACCCAAGUUUGAUAUCGAGAAUGAGUUUUAUAGGAAACAGUUGGAGAAGGGAUUAGCGAUGAAUGUAUACAGGAAUGGACAAUGGGGAUCUUACUGUCAUUUUCAACUUAAACCUCAAUUCAUACAUAAAGUUACUCAUGACAUCAUUGCCGUGGCUGAAAUUCCAAAUCGUGGUGACUUUUCAUCCUUGAAAUGGUUAGAAAGUCCACUCAAAUACAACAACAAAGAUGAGCUCGUGACAGUCCAUUAUGCAGCACUGAACUUUAGAGAUAUCAUGCUAGCAAGCGGUCGAGUUCCUGUCACAUUAAUUGGAGAUUCAAGGAUGGACCAUCAACAAAUUUUAGGAUGUGAAUUUACUGGUGUGACUUCAAGUGGUCGACGUGUUAUGGGCUUGCUGCCUGCUGGUGGUUUAGCCACACAUAUUAAGGAAUCUGAAGCUUUACUUCUUGAUAUACCCAAAGGAUGGUCACUUGAAGAUGGCUCAUCAGUGCUUGUAACUUACGGAACUGUCUUUUUAGGACUUUUUGUCAAAUCAAAAAUUGAAACUGGAAAUUCAAUUUUGAUUCAUGCUGGAUCCGGUGGAGUUGGGUUAGCAGCAAUUCACAUUGCAAUGAGCAUGGAGCUGAUAGUCUUCACAACAGUCAGCACAGAUGAGAAGAAAAAUUAUUUGUUGGAACUGUUUCCACAGUUGAGACCUGAAAAUAUUGGAAAUUCCAGAGACACAAGCUUUGAAGACAUGAUAAUGAGGAACACGCAAGGAAAAGGUGUUGACUUUGUGCUGAACUCUUUGGCUGAUGAUAAGCUGCUUGCUUCAUUGAGAUGUUUAGGUCAAGGUGGAACAUUUGUUGAAAUCGGGAAGUCUGACAUCUUCAGAGACAACAAAGUUAAUCUAGGACAUUUUGCAAAGGACAUCACUUUCUUGUCUAUUAAUGUUGAUGUCCGAAAGUCGCAGAGACAUCCAAAAGUAAUGUUCAAACAUCUUGAAGACGCGAUCAACAAUAACAUCGUCAAGCCAUUGAAGACUACUGUUUUUGAGGCAGCUCAACUUGAAGAAGCUUUCAGGUUCAUGGCAAGUGGCAAGCAUAUUGGAAAAGUUAUUAUCAAACUUCGGGAUGAAAAUGGACCACUAAUUAAGGAAGUAACUCCACGAGUCUUCUUCAAUCCUCAACAUGCUUACAUCAUUUGUGGUGGUCUUGGUGGAUUUGGAAUGGAACUUGCUGACUGGAUGAUCAUAAGAGGAUGUCGAAAGAUUGUUUUGAGUUCAAGUCGUGGUGUUGUUGAUGGAUAUCAUGAAUAUAAGUUCAGUUUAUGGAGAUCCUACGGCGUAGACAUCAAAGUAAGUACAGCAGACAUUACAACAGCUUCAGGAUGUCAACAACUCAUCGCAGAAGCAUCAGAACUUGGACCAGUUGGUGGAAUCUUCAAUCUUGCAGCCAAGCUUAAUGAUGCAAUCCUUGAUAAUCAAACUGUUGAGUCAUUUGAACUGUGUAUGGCAGCAAAAGCAACAGCAACGAAGCUUUUGGAUGAAAUUUCAAGAAAACAUUGCAAGAAUUUGCAGCACUUUGUAGUCUUUUCAAGUGUCUCAUGUGGAUUUGGUAAUAUUGGACAGACAAAUUAUGGAAUGGCAAAUUCAAUAACAGAAAGAAUAAUUGAAAAUCGCAGACUUGCCAAUUUACCAGGAAAAGCAAUUCAGUGGGGACCAAUAGGAGAUGUAGGGUUAUAUACAAAAAUAUUAACAGAUCAGCAAGUGUUAUCAGAUAUGGAAAUUAGUGGAACACUAAUGCAAAGCAUAUACUCAUGUCUUGAAGUUCUAGACACUUUGUUAACAUCAGAUGAUCCAAUUGUUACAAGUUUAGUCGUAGCUGAAAAAAUAAUGUCACAAAAAGGACGCAACUUAUUACUUCAGCAACUGAUGAGAGCUUUAGGGAUCAAAGAUAUUAAUGCAUAUCCAAAAGAUACAAAAAUUAUUGACCUUGGAAUGGACUCAAUGCUGACAGUUGAAGUGAUACAAUAUACAGAGAAGCAGCUUAACAUUCAAUUGACAGUCAAUGAUUUAAGAUCGAUGACACUUGCUGAGCUGAUUGAAAUGAGUACAAGCAGCAGCAAAUGAGAUUUAAGUUUGGAAGUGAAAAAUCAGUUUUGGCUGCAUUAAAAUCUUGACUCGACUCUAUAUCCCUAAUUAGUUCUAGUUAAAAAUUAAUGAGAUUAACUGUUUUCUAAUUGUUCCAAUUAUUGAAUUACUCGGCAUUUGUAGAUUGCCUUUUUGAGAUAAUUUGGGAUAUUUGUGAAAUUAAUUGCGGAUUCUCUUUCAGGCUGGCAAUUUGGAGUAAAUUAAGAGCCAUUUUUACUUGGGCCGUUUAAUUAUGACGUUUAUAAAAAUCCUAAUUUUUAAACACCCCUCCUCCUCUGUCAUAAAACAGUCACAGAUAUCAAUACCCGCCCCCCCCCCCCCCCCCUCCUAGUGAUGCUAAUCCAAAUCACAAAAAGUUGUAAUUUCCAGCAAUUCUAUGCCACAAAAUUCCUGAUUUCCCCUGUUACAAUGUGUCACACAUUUUUUGACCUACCUCCCCCCCCCCAAAAUGUUGGACGUCAUAAGUGAACGAUCCCUUUGAUGAUUUUAAAUUGUUUUUCUACCCCUCAAGUUUAGCUUUCCAGCAGCCAAUUUACUUCUAUAAUCACAAUUUACCUUCAAAAAUCUCUUCUUAAUUAUAAACAAAAUCACAUUAAUUACUUAAUAAAUGAACUCAGUCAAAAAGACUCACAAUAA